UCGCUGUCGCGCUGCGUCUGGAAAACAACGCCUGGUUCUUUCUCUGCAGCCGUCAGCUGAUCUGGGUUAUCGGGCUGUGCUGUUGCGCCGGAGUUUGAAAGUGUAAUUAUUAAUGCAGUCUUUGGUCAUGAAGAGCUCCAAAGAGGCCGUGCAGUCCGCAGCCAAGGAGUUCCUGCACUUUGUCAACAAAGGAGUGUCUCCAUAUCACGUGGUCGAGGAGUGCCGGCGGCGGCUGUUGGCGGCGGGCUUCAUCGAGCUGAAGGAGUCGGACCAGUGGGACAUCAAGCCGUCCAGCAAGUACUUCGUGACCAGGAACUUCUCCAGCCUGAUCGCCUUCGCCGUGGGCGGACGCUUCCUGCCGGGAAACGGCUUCUCCAUGAUCGGCGCCCACACAGACAGCCCCUGCCUCAGGGUGAAGCCCAGGUCUAAGAGGACGAAGCAGGGCUGUCUGCAGGUGGGGGUGGAGUGCUACGGCGGCGGCAUCUGGAACACCUGGUUCGACCGGGACCUGACCAUCGCGGGCCGCGUCAUGGUCAAGAAAGACGGCCAGCUGGUCCAGAGGCUGUUCCACGUGCCGCGGCCUCUGCUGAGGAUCCCUCACCUGGCCAUCCACCUGCAGAGGGACGUCAACGACGCCUUCGGGCCCAACAAGGAGAACCACCUCGUGCCCAUCAUCGCCACCGUGGUUCAGGAGGAGCUCGAGACGGGCUGCGCCUCCUCCGGAGACGCUGCCUGCGCCACGAACACGGUGGAGAAGCACCACCCAGCGCUGGUGAACGUGCUGUGCUCAGAGCUGGGCGUCGAACCGGAGACCCUGCUGGACUUUGAGCUCUGUCUGGCCGACACUCAGCCCGCGGCGUUGGGCGGUGUGUACCAAGAGUUCAUCUACUCUCCUCGUCUGGACAACCUCCACAGCUGCUACUGCGCCCUGCAGGGGCUGAUGGAGUCCUGCUCAGGAGACUCUCUGGCCAAAGACCCCAACGUCCGCAUGAUCACUCUGUACGACAACGAGGAGGUGGGGUCCGAGAGCGCCCAGGGGAGCCCAUCCAACCUGAGACUCAUCCUCAGCCGCCUCUCCGCCUCCGCCUCCAACCGCACCUCCAGCACAGAGCUGCAAACGCUCUCCUUCAUGAUCAGCGCCGACAUGGCGCACUCUGCCGUGCACCCCAACUACCUCUCAAAGCAUGAGGAGAACCAUCGUCCCGCCUUCCACAAGGGCACAGUGAUCAAGUUCAAACAGAACCAGCGUUACGCACACCGCGUAACGGAGUACGUGGUGAGAAGAGGUGCUUGUCGUGUCUCCUUCCCCCUGCAGGACGUGAUGGUCCGGAACGACAGUCCCUGUGGAACCACCAUCGGACCCAUCCUGGCGGCCCGCCUCGGCGUCCCCGUGGUGGACAUCGGGGCGCCGCAGCUCUCCAUGCACUCCAUCAGGGAGAUGUGCUGCACCUCCAGCGUCCUGCAGAGCACCACCCUCUUCAAGGGUUUCUUCGAGCUGUUCCCCUCAGUGAGGAGCACGCUGGUUGUCGACUAGAGACGGGAGGAACCCCCAAACUGAUGGAAACUGAUGGAAACUAAGGGUGUCAUUUUCAACAUGUUACUCCAACUCAGGCUGAUACAGAAUAUCAACAUUUGAAAUUGUAUAAAAAGCAUAAAAUGUCAUCGUUUUAAUGUUGAAAAUGACAAUCGUUUCUUAAAAAGUGAUUUCCCAGUGGUAGACGGAUGUCUGUAAUAGAGCCCAGUAUGCUGUGAUCACACCUCUGAUAAAGAAAGCAAUACUCAAGCACUUCUUGAUCUUUCUUAUUAACUGAAAUUGUUUAGAAAAUAAUAAAAGGCUGAAAGGUU